AUGGCUGUACACACACCGCUGCCCCCCAACCUGCGCCGGGGGCUGACAGCCUUCAGCAGUGCCCUCUUCACCACCACCAAGACAUGGGACAGCAGCACUGCUCACCUCUACCACCCAGUGCACGAGGUGCUGGCCAGCCUGCCCCUCCAGGGCUGGGGACCAGCAUGGGGCUGGCAGGGACAAGGCUGUGCCCUGUUACAGUACAACCUGCUGCCCCGCUACUACCAGCUCCUCCUGCUCGCUGCCUUCCUCAUCCUCACACUGGCUGAAGGAGCUCGCCUCUACCUGGGCUACAUUGGGAACCUGCAGGAGAAGGUGCCUGAGCUUGCUGGCUUUCUUCUCCUCUCCCUCCUGAUCCAGCUGCCUCUCCUGCUGUUCCUGCUCACGGACCACCUCACCAUCCGCCUGCCGCUGGAGCUGGCCGUGCACAGCCUUCUCCUGGCCUUCCUCAUCUGUGAGGUGGUGGCCGCCUUCCUGGCGCUGCGGGUGAUGAGCAGGCAGCUGGCAGCUCAGUUCUACCUGCGGCAGUUCAAGGUGGGCAGCCGGGGUGACGCAGCAGGACACGACCCACCCCACUGAGCCCAACAACAUUAAACAGCACUGGAUCCCCACUGCGCUUCUGAGCACUCUUUUUCUGAGCCAGGCAGCUCUGGGGCUCAUGGGGUUCCCUGAGCUCUGCCACCAAUAAAGGGGUACGUGUCCAUGCUGACUCGUGGUAGGGCACAGUUGGGGUGCACUUUGUGUGACCGUGCAAAGGACACAAGGCUCCAAGGGAAAGAGCAGGGCCAGAGCCACCUCCC